GACAUCUUAAGCCAUCUUACUGCAGACACAAGAUAUUCAGCACAAGGUCAUGAGAACAGAUAAAUACAGAAACAAUGGGAAAAUGACUGAAAGUUUGUUAGAAAGUGCUGAUGCUGGUGGUUGUCGAGCCCAGUACUAGCCUGUAUGCUGUUACAGCGGCUGCUGUUUCAUGGGCAAAGCAGUAGGAGGGAGUGCAGCUUUGCAUGAGGCUGAGCUGCUCGGAGUCUGUAGCAUUGCAUAUGAGCUGUUACAGGUUCAGAGCAGGAGAGACCGGCAAACAGUAGGAACACACGGAUCAGAACUGACAGACACACAGACAUAUGCAGAAAGCAGUCAGAAUACAGACAAAGGGAAAGGAAGGACAUCCAAUCCUCUGUAACUGCAAACAUCCACAGGAGGAAGCUUGGAAUCGCUGUCACUAAGACAGAAAAGCUGGGAAAGAGAAAGGACCUGUUCAACAAUGUGUCUUUACCUGUCAUUAUCUCAGUUCCUGCCAUACAUUGGAGCAGAGAACUAUGAAGGAUUACUUGGGAAGAUCUGAUUAUUUCCUUGAUUGUGGAGAUGUUUAAAAAAGGAAGAGAAGAAAACAUUAUAAUUUGUUACAAGGAAGAAAGGCAAUGCAUUUAAGAAAGGAACACUUUUAUCUGAGAUGGCUGGAUUGGUACAAUUUCUAAUUAAGGAAGUCUUUUUUAAAGUCCUAUGGAAAAUGAAGAACCAAGUCCCAAUCUACUUGUAAGUGCUUAGGAGAUAUAGAGGAGGAUUAGUCUUCUGAUUAAACUGAAGAAGGAAUGUGCAUAAUCCUCCAAGUGUGCAUACUAUGAAAGCUUGGUACAAGAUAUAUGAUGGACUGGUAAGGAGAUGCAGACUUCUCAGAUGGCUUGAAUGCUGUGACAUUUGAUUCUCUGUCUUGGCUGUUUCCGUGAAUCAAUCAGUACUAACAGAAGGAGUGCAAACUUCGGGAUUUGAAGAACAUCUUUUGGGUGGGAGGGGGGUAAUUUAGUGAACAUUCCUUGUGGGUCUUUCCUCGCUUAAUCUGGGAAUGAACAAAGAUAAGAUAAAUCGGUACAGCAUUGUGUCAUCCGAGGAAGACGGACUGAGAUUAUCCAUCAUGCCAGGCAUCAACGGCUUCGGUAAUGGAAAAAUCCAUACCAGAAGGAAGUGCAGGAACAGAUUUGUGAAGAAAAAUGGUCAGUGCAAUGUGCAGUUUGCCAACAUGGAUGACAAGUCCCAGAGGUACAUUGCUGAUAUCUUUACAACCUGUGUGGACAUUCGUUGGAGGUACAUGCUACUGAUUUUCUCUCUUGCCUUCUUGAUAUCUUGGUUGGCAUUUGGGUUAAUAUUUUGGGUCAUUGCACUACUUCAUGGGGACCUAGAAAAUCCAGCUGGGAAUGAUACUUUUAAGCCUUGUGUUCUGCAGGUCAAUGGUUUUAUGGCAGCCUUUCUGUUUUCCAUAGAAACACAGACAACUAUUGGAUAUGGUUUCCGCUGUGUGACAGAGGAAUGCCCAGCUGCUAUUUUUAUGGUUGUAUUCCAGUCAAUUGUAGGGUGCAUAAUAGAUUCUUUCAUGAUUGGUGCAAUAAUGGCAAAAAUGGCCAGGCCAAAGAAAAGAGCCCAGACCUUACUUUUUAGCCAUAAUGCAGUGAUAGCAAUGCGAGAUGGAAAGCUUGGCCUAAUGUGGAGGGUUGGAAACCUUAGAAAAAGCCACAUAGUUGAAGCUCAUGUUCGGGCGCAAUUAAUUAAACCAAGGAUCACCGAAGAAGGGGAGUACAUACCUCUUGACCAAAUAGACAUUGAUGUUGGUUUUGAUAAAGGUCUAGACCGUAUUUUUCUGGUUUCUCCAAUUACGAUUAUACAUGAAAUUGAUGAAGAAAGCCCAUUAUUUGGUAUCAGCAAGCAAGACUUAGAAGUUUCUGAUUUUGAAAUUGUUGUCAUACUUGAAGGAAUGGUUGAAGCCACAGCCAUGACAACACAGGCCAGAAGUUCAUAUCUGGCCAAUGAAAUUCUGUGGGGUCAUCGGUUUGAGCCUGUUUUGUUUGAAGAAAAGAAUCAGUUCAAAGUGGACUAUGCACACUUCCAUAAGACUUAUGAGGUACCAUCAACUCCACGUUGCAGUGCUAAGGAUCUUGUGGAAAAUAAAUAUUUGCUUCCUAACACCAACACUUUUUGCUAUGAAAAUGAGCUUGCUUUCAUGAGCAGAGAUGAAGAUGAAGAUGAAGAAGACUGCAGGGUCUCAGAUGACCUGAGCCCAGACAGCCGGCAUGAGUUUGACAGACUACAAGCAACCAUAGCACUGGAUCAGAGGUCAUACAGAAGGGAGUCAGAAAUAUGACCUUGGCCUCAUAUGAUUUUUUUUCUUUUUCUUUAUUUUUAUAUAAAUUAUGCAGAGCAAUGCAAGUGCCAUAGGAGUAUUCAAAUGUUAUUUUUUUUAAUUAGAUUUAAAAAUGCAAUAAGUGUAUCAAAAUAAUAAACUGAAAUUAUAUACAUACAUCUCCAGGCACAGAGUGGUUGAACCUCCAGUGCAAAAGGUAAUAUUAAACCAUGGAAGAUAGUCUUCAUAUGAGCAAAAACAACUAUGUAAACAGGGAUAUAGUUGUUUUAAUGACUACAAAAAAUAAUUUGAAUAUGGCUGAGAAAUUCUUGGUUAUUCAUUUUGGGAAAACAUGAAUAAAAUGCAAGCUAACUAGAAUUAUUAUUUUAACUGAAAUUAUCCAGAAAUGGAAGCUAGUAACAUGAUAUCAAUUAUUCAUGGUGGGAUAGCUUUCUUAGCAUUAGAAUAGAGUUUACAGAUGAUAACAAGGGUUAGUUUAAUGGGCGAAAAAGCAAUUUACUCCUCUGACUGCCUGAACUCUGCUUUCUGGGCAAACAUGGCCUUUCUGAUUCAAAUGCACUGGCCUCAAAUGUUGUUAUAGCCUAUCUAUAGAGUUAUAUUUCAAUGCAGAGUUUCAUUCAGCCUGAAAGUAACAGGACAGCAGUUAAUCAAGAUUGUAAAAUUGUGUAUUUUAGCUAUCAGGUAGGCACACCCUGUGCAAUGCAUGCUACAUCCCAUGGCCUCAGCAGCUGGUCACUGCUUGAAGGGGCAAAAUUCAAUAAAUGUCAUUCUGGAAGAGCUUUAGUGCUUGGGCGAUGUUCUUUUUUUAUUAAAUCUACACAUAAAACUAAAUAGUAGAACCUCAUUUUGUACUGCGAUGCACUCCUAACUCUGAAAGUAAAAUAAAUGAGUUGAAAAAUAUAUUGAUAAUUGAAGUUAUUAAAAUACAAAAACAUUGAUUGUUUUGGAGAUACACAGAAUGCCACAACAUGUUUGCAAUUCACUGUUUUAGUUCCACUGUGCAUUGUGCUUGUUGGUUAUUUCUUUCUAUUUAUUUUUCUGCAAGCUUUCCUCCACUCAGGAUAUCCCAAACAAAUGUGAAAUUGUACAGGUCUAAUUUAUUUAUGAUUGUAUCUGCGCUUCAGAUAGUUCAGAGUCUUGCUAAGAUAAAACAACUCAUAUUAUCUUAUUGUAACCCCUGUACAUCAUCAUCCAUGCAUUUAAAAAUGUCUCAUUGGGAUGCCUUACAAAGACAAUUUAAUUUAUAUAGAGUUAGCACUUUAACAAACCAGUAUUUAGUUUUAUACAUUUUCAAUAUAAGAACUAAUGAAUGAGGAUUAGCUAAAAGAUAACAGCAGUAGUUAAAAAAAGAAAGAAAGAACAAAAGAACAAUUAUAAAGUCUGCAUUAUUUAAUGAAUGAAAAAUGGUUUUGUCACUUAAUGCUGACAUGAGACACGUUAAUAUUUUCUAACUUCUACAGUAUGCUUUAUGUCUUUGGAGAGUGUUAAAAGAUUGCUUUCAGAAUUUAUUUUAUUCUCUCAAUUAACGCAAAAUCAUUCACCUCAAAUUUAUUUCUUUGGGUUAAUAUCUUGGUAACUUUGUCAUAAUGCUGUCUUCAUGGAUGCUACAAUAAAUGAACAAUGCCAUGUUUAGAUAUGAAAUGUAUAUGUUUCAGAAAAGGUUUAAACUGGUGUUACUUUAAUCUUUUAUUUAUACAGCUUGUCCUUUUCAUAGUAAAGCAAUAUGGCUGCUGUGAUUCUGUUUUUUUCUUGAUGACAUUCUGAGUUUUUGACAUCAGAAACCAUAGUCAUAUUCUGCUCAGUUCUGAAUAAUUUGAGAAUGUUGCCUGUGAUAGAAGUAUUCCUAUGAGGCGGCCUCUUCUGUUAUAAGUGUGCAAUAAGGAAGCACAUAUCCAUGAUACAAGUGUUUCUUAGUUGGCUGCAUUAAACAAAGGGCACAACUUUUAACUUUUAAGACAAAAUCUUACCCUUGAAUUGCACAGCCCUUACUGUGGUUUUCUUUUGUCUGGCUAUGCUGCUGACAACGCUAUUUCUGACCUAUACUAUUUGCCUUUACCUUCACUAGUAAAGACCAAAGCCAUGAUAUUUUCAAAAAUACUGUAACAUGGUACUUAGGAAAAAAAGCUGUAAAUAAGAUAUAAAAUUAUAAUUAUUUUGUUUAAUUCUGAGCUGAUAGUUGUAUUUGAGCUGAUCGAUUUAUUUAGCUUCCAUGCACUUUAAUCCCUUCAGAAAAACACUCCCAGAAAGCAAGACGUUACAAUCGGUAUAGCUGAUUUUAUUCAUAUGUCUUCUAAAUAAAUAAAUAUAUAUUCUAAUUUGUUAAUGUCUAAGCUAUGACUGGCUUCAUAAAUCCACAAUAUUAACUACCCUAGCAUAAGGUAAAUAUCAGUUUGAAACGUGUGUACUGAAUGUUCUACAUGAUAUUACAGCUGUGUAACAUUACUAGAAGGUAAUCGUUACAGGUUUUGUAGUUUUGCAGAGAUAUGAAUACAUACACAGCAUAUAAGUUUUCAUACGCAGACACACACACACACACACACACACACACACA